AGUGACUAUUUGACCUUUAGUCAUUUGCCAACUUUGCUCCGUAACUUAUUCAAUUUAUAUUAGUGUCCAAGACAUACAUAUUGCAGCGUAUUUCAGCACUCUUAAUAAUCUGGUAAAGUCACGCAGAUUAGCGCAAGAGAUUAACAUAAUGCAAGUUAUCCACCGCGUCGCAGCUUUUCAUGUCCUCAUUUGCUGUGUUGUAGUCGGAGUAAACGCGUACUAUUACACGGAAUAUAAAAAAAUUAAGGACGAGGUUGGAGAAUAUGCAAACGAUGAUUUCAUUAAGGGGCUAAGAAAAUGGGUAAAUUUGGGAAUUAUUGGCAUGGCGGUGGGCUGUUUACAAUUGCUGUCAGUCGGAGCGUGGAUGCCGCUUCUAACUUCGAAACGUGAAGUACCGAUGAGAGUCCUCCGACUCGUGUUUGGGCUUGUGCAGUGUGUCGCCAUAUUGUUAAUGCUGCAAUGCACCUUCGUUCUUGGAGUUGACCAAGCGUUCGGAACUCACUGGUCGGGUUAUGUUAAUAUUCAUGGCGGGGCAACCUUUACCGCGUUCUACGGGGGAUUAACUGUCCACGUGGUGAAGCUGGGGUGGAGAAAGCAAAAACAAGUUCUAAACGAUUCGGUGGAAAAUUGAUAAAUAUCGUUCGUGGACAAUGAAUUGGCACAAGAAGUUGACUGUCACAGAAUUAAAUCUAAUUGUAAUUAGAUCAGACUAUAACUUUAAAACAUUACCUCAAAUUAUCUUUAUUGUUGUCACGGAAAACCGACAAAUUACUAAUAAAAUCAACGUGAUCAAUUUUGGUGAUUAUCUACA